UCACUAGCAAUGUUCUCUUAAAAAUGUGGAAAAUUAAGUUAAUUUUCAACCAAAAACGUAUAUUUUCUUAAUAUAUCAUGUAACGUGAGGUAUCAUUUAGUGAUAGCAAUUUAAGUGCAUCUGUGGAAUGUGAUUUUAAGGCGUAAUUACCAUCUGGUUUCAAUUUUGCACUGUCGAACUUAGCAAAGUUGUACUUGUCGAGAUGGAUUACAAUAUUAGUCGAUUGUGCCGUGUGUGCUUGGAGGAGGGAGUAUUCACAUCGAUCUUUAGCACCGAGCUAGUUCCGAUGGCACCAGCUAAUAUGCUGGUAAUGUGUUCGAACAUAAAGGUAUCGAGAGAUGACGGUCUACCAAGUACUAUUUGCAACAACUGCAUGUACCGGCUAGGGGUGGCCUUUCAUCUUAAGCAACAGUGUGAGAAUUCUGACAUUAGACUGCGCCAGUACAUGAACGGAGGCUCUGCAAUGAACUACAGCUACACGAUGGAGAAAGAAACGAUGACGGACGAUUCGUGGUUGCUCUCUGGAAUGGAGCAUAAAGGGGAUGAACAUAAAUCAGCGGAAAAGAAAUCGAACAACAGGAAACGAUACAGACCCAAGCUGCCAGAAGAGCGCAAGAAGAGAGGCCCAAAACCGAUGCCGAAGAUACCGCAAACAUGCUACCAAUGUCACAAAUCGUUCAAAUGUGCCGCCCAGCUACAAAUGCACUUGAGGACACAUUCCGGUGAGAAACCGUACGCGUGCAACAUUUGUCCACGGCGAUUCGCACAAAAGCAUAACCUUGCCAUCCACGUUCGUACGCACACCGGCGAACGACCGUACCAGUGUGAAAUCUGUAGCAAACAAUUUUCGGCGCUCGGGAACUUUCAGGCACACAAGAAAAUACAUACCAACGAGCGGGACCACGUGUGCCCGUCGUGCAACAAGGGAUUCAUCACGUCGGGCGAUUUGACGCGGCACAUGAUCUCACACUCGGGCAUCAAAAACUAUCACUGUGAUAUAUGUGCCAAAAGCUUUAGCCGCAACCGUGACAUGAUGGCACACAAACGCAAGAUGCAUCUGAACGAGUGUGGCAACGAAAGCUACAAAUGUCACGAAUGUCACAAAGUGUUCGCUACACUGAACAAUCUUAACGGACACAUGAGGGUACAUGCGCCGGAUGUGGAUGGUUCGGUGCCGGACCCUGUCGGUGAACUGAUGCCACCGACACAAGCACAACAACAGCAGCAGCAACAUCAACACCAACAGCAUCAGCAGGUUCCAGUUGCAAUUGCGCUCCCGCCACACGGACUCGGACCACCGGGACCGCUCGGUGUUGGCUUAGGUAUGUUACCGUAUCCUUCCUCUCACGUCGCAACACAUCCACCCGCCCAGGUAGCUUACCACAGCCAGAUGCAUCCAUCCCAACGAUUGCACCCGUACUGAAAAUCGUCUGAAGCCAAACAUCACAGCAGGGAAAGAGUGAAAGAAAAACACCCCUCAACCGUUAUACAUCACACGAUUUGCAUUACAUCAGUUAAUAUUUAUUUAGCUUAGAAGGAAUAAAAUUUGUAUUUGCAGAUAACAGGAAAUUCAUUGCUCACUGGGUUUUCGCUUCCCCUAGCUCCCUAAAACGAGACUGUUUUAUUUGUUUCGUCCAGGAUCGACCUAUCAAUUCUACAGUACAAGAUAACGUAUCAGGAAAAAAAGUACAUAGUGCUAGAGCGUUUGUGAUACUGGCUUUUCCUUGGAAUCAACACAUCAUCGUCGCAAUGUGUAUGAGAGUGUGUGCGUGUGGAUGUGUUUGUGCGUAUGUAUGUGAGUGUGGAAAAGGGUUUUGCAUACGAAACACCACUAUCUUAA